AAAUUCAAGGGAAGUCAUUCAGUGUGUUUGAGACAAACCCAUGUGAGGUUCUUGGCUUACGUGUUGGAUAGUAACAAGUGCCUGGUUUAAUAAAGGCUGCUUUAAGUUAAAAAUGGAGAUUUCUGAUGAAUAUAUUGAGAAGGAACUACUUCCUCUACUCAAACCUUGUGCUCGCCCGGAUGUGAAAAGACUUGCAAUCAGUUACAUCCUGGGCAUGACUGGGGAUACACAGGGGAAAACUCUGAUUGGUGAGAAGUUAAAAUUUGUGGAAGCCAUUGUCUCACUUGCAGCAGAUGAAGACCAUGUGGUUCGAAAGGAUGCUGUGAGUUGUCUAGUGAAUGUGACAGCAGAUGAGACUGUCACAAGUUCACUAGUACAAACAGAUGGCUUUACAGACAUCACUGUAAAAUUACUUCAGCUGGCAUUGGACCAUACUUAUGACCAAGCUGAUGCUAUGUGUGGGCUCUUAUCAAACUUAACUCGAUCAAUAGAUGGUGCUGUUAAAGUGGCAGAGAUUGUGUUAAAGGUGGAGGAGGUGGGAUUGAAAAGGUUUGUUCAAGCCAUCAGUAACAUUGAUUUUAACAAAAAUGCUAAUAUGAACCAGCUACCUGCUGUGCUAAUGAAUCUGGCACAGGUGCAAGAUGUGAGACAGGAACUUGUUUUGCACCAUGAGGAUUUGCUUCAGAACCUGCUGCCUUUCAUGUCCUUUGCUCCAUCUGUUAUCAGAAGACGUGGCAUCAUUGGAAUUGUGAAGAACUGCUGCUUUGAAUAUGAUUUACAUUCUGUUCUACUGGGACCUGAAGUGGACUUGCUGCCUCGGCUGCUCCUUCCAUUGGCUGGCCCAGAGGAGUUUGAUGAGGAUGACAUGGAGCGCCUGCCACCAGAUCUCCAGUAUCUUCCACCAACACAAACUCGUGAACCUGAUCCUGAGAGUCGUAAAAUGCUUGUCCAAGCACUUACAAAACUGAGCAGCACCAGGUCUGGGCGAGCAUACCUUAAAGAGAAGAAUGCGUAUGUUAUUCUCCGUGAGUUGCACAAGUGGGAGAAAGUAGAAGACAACCUCAGCACACUAAUGGAUUUGAUUGACAUACUCAUUGCUGAUGAGCCCCAGGAAGGCAUGGAGGAUCUUCAUAAGGUUGAAAUUCCUUUAGACAUAGCAAAGAAGUUUGAGGAAAAUCCUUAGGGUUAUCAAAAUAUGACAAAGUGGGUAGGGGACACUUCUGGGCAAACUAUCAUCGUUCUCAAAAUGUGCUGAGACGUUAUACCUUGUCUGCACAUGUUUUUUGUGUCCACAUGUGCUAAAAUAAGCCUUUCAAAAGUGACAGCUGAGUUACUAGACUUCCCUUUUUGUGUAGGCAGUAUGUGUUUUGGGCAUGAACAUAUCAAUUUGUAAAGUUAUUUUUGCAGAAACAUGCCUUUGAACUAUGAGUUUCUUUGUACAGUUUAAAGAAUAGGCAUUAUCUAGUUCAGGGAUGCCCAACCUACGGCCCGCGAAACUUCUGCCUACAGUGCAGGGAAUCGGCAUGUUUGUAAUUAAAAAACCUAAAAAAAAAAAAAGAAAACGAAAAAG